AUGGACAUUACCAGACAUCCAGGAUACAAAGAUUUUACAUGGGCAGUUAAAUUAAAUCGCUUGGGUUUAGAAUUGGUUGGAUUAUGGCCCAAGAAUGAUCAAGUCAUUAAGAAUAAAUUCGCUUCCGAUCUUCGCAUGGCUAUUAUUUUCAUUAUAGUGACAUUUGUUUCUGGUAUACCUCUUACAUGUUCCCUUAUACGAGUUUGGGGUGACAUGAUGCUCGUGGUAGACAAUCUUCAAAUUACUUUACCUUUGCUAGUGGUGUCAUUGAAACUUGUUAUCAUGCGGUGGAAACAGACAGCACUUGUGUCCAUUAUAAAAAUGAUGGCAGAGGACUGGAUGGAAUUGAAAACAACAAAGGAAAGGGAUGUAAUGAUGAGACAAGCACAAAUUGCUAGAACAAUUGUAAUCAGUGGAUAUAUUCUAAUGGUAUUGGCGUUCAUUGUGGUCAUCGUUCUUCCGUAUUUUGGCUUAUCAUUAAGGCAUUUGACAAACCUCACGGAUCCGGGCAAGCCAUUGCCAUUGCAGACUUACUAUUUUUACAACAUAGAUAAGAGCCCACAAUUUGAACUGACAUACAUCGUUCAAGCUAUUACGAUUUUCUUGGCUGCUGUGACUUAUACCUCAGUAGAUGCUUUUCUUGGACUUGCAAUUCUUCAUUUCAGUGGUCAACUGGAAAAUUUUAAAGGUCGUAUUAGUGGUUUGAUUUCGUGUCAAAAUUUCAUCUGC